CGAAUCAUGACCAGAGCUAUUCUUGCCUCCAUUGCUGGUGCUCUCUGCUUGGCUGCAGGAGUCGCUGCGCAGACAACUGCUCCUCAGUGGGGUCAGUGUGGUGGACAAGGAUGGACUGGUGCAACGACUUGUCCAUCUGGCUGGGUUUGCACAGUCUCCAGCCCCUACUAUUCGCAAUGUCUCCAGGGCACCGCACCACCGUCAAGCGCGUCCUCUGUCUCUUCUGCUCCUGGAGGGGGAUCCCCUUCUUCAUCGAGUGCCGCACCAGGAACUACUCCUACUCUGAUCCCUGGUUACUCUUUCAUUCGUUCUGUGGAGGACCCCAACUAUCAUCAGUACCUCAGAUCUGAGACAAUCAAUACCGUAGGAACCGCAGUCCUCGGCGACCCUGUCGACGCCGCGCAGUUCCAGAUCCUCAACGGCCAGCUCGAGCAGAUGGUCCCGGACGGAACUAUCCUGUACGCUAAUGUCGAGCCGCCCGCCAACUCGUCGGUCGUGAAGCUCGGGGUAUCUUGGGACACUACGCCGGACACCCUUGGUACCUUCCUAUGGGGAGGAGACACCGUCGAGUGGAACAGCGCGACAGUUACUCGGCCGCAGAACAAUGCGUGGCUUGUCUGCCCUGAUGCCGCUGGCAACAAGUUGCUCUUCCUCAACCUUGGACCUUAUGACUACGAUACGCCGACGGGCUGCGCGGACGAGACCAUCCAUGCCUACACGGGUCCCUACCCGACAGACUGAUUGAUCGGUGCGCUCCGGGGACAUUGGACGCGAGUUGCGAGAAUAUUUCUUACAUCAAAAAGAAGCGUUAUUCGGUCGAUACUUAUGAAACUGUCUCUUCUCAAGGCUCCUUCGUCGCAAAUACCAGUGAUUUUAC